CAAGUAAGGAUGAUCUGAUUAAGUGUUUGCAGCUUAAACAUAUUAUAUCAAUUCCGACGUGCUCUCCAUCCGUUGUCACCAAAAAUAUUAAAAAAAAAAAAAACAAAAUAAAAUGAAAGUGUUGUUUGUGAUUUCGGCCAUAGUGUCGAUUGCUAGUGCUGGUGUUGGGCCCAUCGUGAUCAUACCGUCAUCAUCGCAACUGUUACGAUCUCAACAUCCUGAUUCGGCUAUUGUUCAAUCGGAACAAUUAGGUGGAAAUUUUGCCUAUGCCAUUGCUGAAGGACAAUCGUUUCGAACAGUUCCAAGUCUCCUAGUUAGUAACCUUCGUGCUAUCGAUGAUCUGGGUGUUUCAUAUGCACUUAGUCCAUUCCCGAUCUUGACUGCCCCAACCUAUGUGCUUCGACAACCAACAUCAGAAGAAGAACAACGUGAACAGCAAAAAGCAAAGGAUUUAUUGCAAAAACAAAGAGACGAAUUGCAGGAAGCUUUAGAUCGACAACGUGAAGACGAUGAAAGGCAAUUGCAAGAACAGAUCGAUCAACAGAAUCUUCUCAACCAGCAAGCCUUGGAACAACAAAAAGAAUUGAUCCAAUUACAACAGCAAUGGCAGGAACAACAAAAUUUAGUUGCUACCGGUGGUGUGAUCGUACAAGGAGGUGUUGUUGUCCCAGUACCAGUUGCAAUUCCAGUAAACAACAACGAUAAUAAUAAUAGCAACGGCAAUAAAGACAACGAUAACAGCAACAACGAGAACAACAACAACAACAAUAUUCCAUCGGAUCCCAACAGCACGGAUGACACCGUGGUCAUUGAAAAUACAUCGCUUACGAAAGAGCAAAGCGCCAAUGACAAUAAUCAAUCGGAAGAUCAGCCAGCAGAAGAAGGGCAAACAGAUAGACAAGCGGAGAAUAAUUCCGAUUCAGACAAUAACUAAUUAAAUUAUCAAACGAAGCAACAACAGCAACCACUACAAUAACUGCAUCAAUGACAAUGUAUUGUAGCAUAAUGCAUGAUCGUUUGAUUCCAUUGCGGCUUUGAAAUGAAAGGCUUCGACCGAACAACACCUAAAUGUUUCUAUCUAUAUGUUUGCUUUUUGUUUCUUUUCCACUGCAAAUCGAAAAAAAAAAUCAACAAACUGAAAUCCAAACCAUUUUUGAAGCACACCAAUAAACAAAAUGUGUUUUGUACGAAA